AUGGCCGGGCUGGGGUUUUGGGGCCACCCUGCUGGACCUCUCCUGCUCCUGCUGCUGCUGCUGCUGCCACCCCGGGCCCUGCCAGAAGGAUCUCUGGUGUUCGUGGCUCUGGUAUUCCGCCAUGGCGACCGGGCCCCGCUGGCCUCCUACCCCACGGACCCACACAAGGAGGUGGCCUCCACCCUGUGGCCACGAGGCCUGGGCCAGCUGACCAGGGAGGGGGUCCGCCAGCAGCUGGAGCUGGGCCGCUUCCUGAGGAGCCGCUAUGAGGCCUUCCUGAGUCCUGAGUACCGGCGGGAGGAGGUGUACAUCCGCAGCACGGACUUCGACCGCACACUGGAGAGCGCGCAGGCCAACCUUGCCGGGUUGUUUCCCGAGGCUGCUCCAGGGAGCCCGGAGGCCCACUGGAGGCCGAUCCCAGUGCACACGGUGCCCGUGGCUGAGGACAAGCUGCUGAGGUUCCCCAUGCGCAGCUGUCCCAGAUACCACGAACUGCUGCGGGAGGCCACUGAGGCCGCUGAGUACCAGGAGGCCCUGGAGGGCUGGACGGGCUUCCUGACUCGCCUGGAGAACUUCACGGGGCUGUCGCUGGUUGGAGAGCCGCUGCGCAGGGCAUGGAAGGUUCUGGACACACUCAUGUGCCAGCAAGCCCAUGGUCUUCCACUACCAGCCUGGGCCUCCCCAGAUGUCCUGCGGACCCUUGCCCAGAUCUCGGCUUUGGAUAUUGGAGCCCACGUGGGCCCACCCCGGGCAGCAGAGAAGGCCCAGUUGACAGGGGGGAUCCUGCUGAAUGCUAUCCUUGCAAACUUCUCCCGGGUCCAGCGCCUGGGGCUGCCCCUCAAGAUGGUCAUGUACUCAGCCCAUGACAGUACCCUGCUGGCCCUCCAGGCGGCCCUGGGCCUCUAUGAUGGACACACCCCGCCAUAUGCCGCCUGCCUCGGCUUUGAGUUCCGGAGGCACCUGAGGGAUCCUGAUAAAAACGGAGGGAAUGUCACCAUCUCCCUCUUCUACCGCAAUGGCUCCGCCCACCUGCCGCUGCCUCUCAGUCUCCCCGGGUGCCCGGCUCCCUGUCCACUACGCCGCUUCUACCAGCUGACUGCCUCGGCUCGGCCUCCGGCCCAUGGGGUCUCCUGCCAUGGCCCCUAUGAGGCUGCCAUCCCCCCAGCUCCAGUGGUGCCCCUGCUGGCCGGAGCUGUAGCUGUGUUGGUGGCACUCAGCUUGGGGCUGGGCCUGCUGGCCUGGAGACCAGGGUGCCUGCGGGCCUUGGGGGGCCCCGUGUGAGCCAGAAACCAUUGUUUCCCUACCCCCAGCUGACACUGGACCCCAACACGUAUGCUCACUAGCUG